CGCUCGGCGUCCCCCGAACUCGGGGCCCCGUCGGAGCUCCCAAAUGGGUCGUUCUCUUAGGGCCAGGGUUCCUCCCUCGGGUACCCGAGACGGGACAGGCUGGCGGCGCGCGGGGCGCUUGGAAGUCUGGUUUCCAGCCUGGCCACCCUGCCCCGCUAAACAAGUGCGCCCGGGCACCCAAGACGUCUCGGAUGCGUGUCCCUCUAAGGAGAUCCGCGUAGGGACAGCUCUAGGGGAUCCGGGGAGUGCGACGCCCGGGGAGGCGCCCUGGAAACCCAGGGGAAAGCGUCACCCUCGUGGGCGGGUGGAGCCCGGGGCGCGGGAGGUUUGGUGAUCACAUCUCCACCCCUGCCGCGAAGGUGGUUCCUAACACUCGCCCGCAGCGGCAGUGCCCACGAGAGCGGCCGCCCCAGAGCGGGGCCCCGGGUCCAGAGCGGCGGCCAGACGCAGUCCCGGGAGCUUCCCACCAAGGGCAUGGCAACUUGGGACGCUGGGCAUUGGCACCGUCAGGAUGGACACGCAUGAGCCAGCUUCAGAAUGUGCCUGCUGCAGAGAGGCUGCCCGGCCCAUCCCAGGGGAAUGUGUCCGUUAACUUUGGGGAACGCUACGGACACUUGUUCCUGCGUGUUUAAUGGUGACUCAGAUUACCUCCAUAUACUUUUAAAAGGAGUUACAGUGCUUCCUGGUGUCUGGCAAACGGCCUUACAGCCUCCCUGCCCUUGUGUAACCGUUUAUCUCCUGCUGCCCUGUCGGGGAGCAGGCUGAGAAGUGCGGAAAAUGGUGGCGAACUUACCUGUCCACUCUUUCUCCCACGCUGAGGAAGUCUAGGAUUCAGGGGAUGGAGUCAGCCAGCGACCAGAGUGGAUUCCCAGUUGGAGCUUUUGACUUCAACAUUGAGAGUUUGUAGAAAGUAUUUAUUCUCUGUUUUUGGUACCUGGGCCACUUUGGCAUUUCUGAGGAGAGCUUGAGAUCUCUGUAAAUUUGGAGCUGAGACAGGGAAACUAAAUCACAGACUAGGAAAGAAGGGAAGGAAGUCAUUUAUUGGGUGCCAACUCUGUGCAGACAGUUUAUAACAAACAUGUCCCCAGCAGUCCUUGCAGUAAUACCAGAGGAUAGGUGCUGUAACCUGCAUCUCAUAGAGGAGGGGUGGUGGCUCAGGGAGGUUGGAGUCUUGCCCAGGAUGGUGUAUCAGGGAUGGGUGUCAGAGCCGGGGCUUGAACUCACAGCUGGCACCAUGUCCCCACCCAUGGCCACCUUGCAGGGCCACGUGUGGCACUGUGUUUGGGAGACAGGGAGAAAAGUGCUCUGCCGUUUCUGGAGGAGGAGCCUGCCUGCAGUAAAUUGGUGGUUGUAGGGGAAUGUGUUUGUGGGAAUGGAGCGGGAGAAUGCUCCCCGAGGCCAUUUGAGUAGGCAGAUGUGUUGGGCUUGGUUGCUGUGGGUUGUGUUGUGGAUCCCAACAGGAACAGGAACCUCCUGCUUGGGACGGCUGUGAGCCACAUGUGGGUGUCUGGCCGCUCUACAUGCUGCUGCCCAUGCUGUUGGACCAGGAGGCCUCAUGCCUCCCAUCAGGUUUGACAGCCCAGGGAUUUCCAAGGCUUAGGGAGGACAGCAGUCUCUUCUCUCUCUUCUGGGUCCCUUCCCCCUGCCUUUUGGUGUCAUCGUUGCUACCUGAUGGCCUCUUGGAUGUUUUGCAUCUAGCAAAGGAGUCACGAGCCCCAGCCUGAGUUGUCCAUCUAAUGGAAACCCCUUGGACUUGCCCUGGCAGAGACCAGAGACCCAGAGAGGAGUUACUGGAACAAUCUCCCAGGCCACAGGGAGCAGGAAGUUCUAUAAAAGUUCAAAUCUGUUCCUUCUUGUCCUGGUUUGUGUUGGGUGGGGUCUUGAAAAAAAAGGGUGUGGGCGUGUUAAGGGGAAAGUGCUGUGAAUCACAGGCCCUGAACUUCUUUGCAUUGCCAAGGGCAGGAGGGGAGAACACUGAGGCUCGCCCCAUCCUGCCUUCCUGGCCCUUCCACAGAGCUUGGAGGUCUGGAAGAGGUGCACAGGCAGUCCCCAGCUCCCUGCCCCAGAGAACCUCUGACUAUGCGCUUAUACAGCCAAAACAAAAAACAACCAACCAAAACCCCACAAAUACUGCCUUCUGUGGAUCUGGAGAGAAGGAGCUUAUUUGGAUUAUCUGGGUGGCCCCUUCACGCGAUCGCACUCAGCAGAUAAAUCUGCAGAGAAGGCCAUGUGAAGGUGGAGGCCACAGCCAAGGAAUGAAGGACGGCCACCAGAAGCUGGAAGAGGCAACAGAUCCUCCCUUGGAACCUCUGGCAGGAGCGCAGCCCACACCUCGAAGUCAGCCUUCUGGCCCUGCUUGUUUUAAGCUGCUAGGUUUGUGGGGCUUUGUCAGAGCAGCACCAGGAAGCCACCCUCAGUACCCUAGAUCAACGCCCCUUCACUUCCUCAUCUAUUCCUUUGCCUCCCCUCCCCCGCAAACUCCUCCACUUGUCACCAGGAUGCCACUGAAUUCUCCUGUCAGGUCACCCAUGCGCUGUCCCUCUUCUGGCAGAAUCGAGCUGUCACUUCUCGGACCUCGUUGAACAUGUUCUCUCUGCAGCUCCUGGUGGGCACUGUGGGCCCCUAGCUGGACUCCUGCUCCCCCGUAACCACUCCACACAGCGGCCAGAUGGAUGACUUAAAACCUAAGCCGCAUCGUACCGUUCCCCUGCUUACCGCGCUGCCAAGGCACCGAGGGUGAAAUCCCCAUGCCCUACCAUAGCCUGAGGCUGUGCGUGGUUGGCCUUCACCCCCCAGUCUCACCACAGCCAAGUUCUUUUCUCACCCAUGGUCUUUGCACCCCCAUUCCUCACUUCACCCACCUGGAGAGACUUCUCAGCCACUGCAUUGGUUUACCGCCAUCUCUAGUUAUCCCAUUAAACCAUGUCCUUACUUAGAGUCUCUCUGCGCCCAGUGUGCUAGCUUUGUGGGCAGGGGCCUUGUCUUACACCCCAGGAUGCAGCACGAUGCUGGCACAGGCUAGGAAAGCACAUUGUGGAUGAAUGCAUGAGUGACUGGGUGAAAAGGGUAUAUGUCAGGCUACGUCAUGCCUAGGGAACAGCUGGACAUGUGGGAGGGGAGGGGAGGGUCCGAGACAGCAGAUGUACAGUGAGGGCCCAAGGGCUCUGUGAACCACCAGAAGACCUGCUCCCACAAGUUCCAAUGAACAGAAGACAGGAAAACCAUCUUCUGAAAGCAUCUCUCAUGGGCCUGAGGGACAAAAGGGUGGGGAGGAGUGCAGAGGUGUCCAGGGACUGCCAGGCAGCCAGCAAGGGCUGCGGGCCCGAGGCCCAGGCUGAGGCCAGGGGCUGCGGACACGUAAGACGUGACCCGUGGACCCUGGCUCCUGGUCCCAUGCACAGGCCUGCGUCAGGGUAUCACCCAGGCCUGGGUGUUACUUUGCUGUGAUUUAUCCUCCAUUGUUAGUACACAGUCCUCCCAACUCCACUUCCCAGGUAGCAACCUUAAAACCAGCAGGUGCUGUUUAUAAUCGUGCUGGGGCCUCCAACUGAGAUAAGGGGCUGGUUCCCGGUGUGUUGUUCCAAGGGACACACACAUGCCUAGGCAGGGGCCAAGGUCUAGUUUGGUCAGUGAGGCCCUCAAACGUGUCUUGGAACCAGGUCAGAAUUGGGGUAAUUCAAUCCAGAGGGUACCUGAAGGCCCUGUCCCCUCGGAGAGGGUAGAGUCAGCCUGACCUGGCUGGAUGGUCAUCAGGAGCACAUGGGAACUGCAAGGCAGGGGAGAUGGAAGUGGACUUGGCGUGUGCUGGGGUGCUGUGGACAGGUUCCCUCUGAAGGAGGCUGGGAAGGAGGGCCAACUCAAGCCACCUUGGGCCCUGCCCUGAGACCGGAGCCUGGAGCUGCUCCCAGAGGGCAGAGGCCUCCUCUCCAGACCAGGCACAGCCUGCAACAGCUCUGCAUGCCUGGAGGUGACCAGGUGCCCUGGAGCAGCACAGCCAGGGAAACGGCGCAUGAGAUCACACCAUGGGUGUACCCUGCAGGUACAGAUAUGGGGAAGUGUCCUCAGCCAUUCUGGACAUUGAGAUUUUCAGUCUUAUGAAUGGCAGCCAUUGUUCCCAAGCCAUUUCUGGGUGCCAGGCACCUUACAUCCAUAAUCUCCUUUGAUCUUUACAACCGCCCUAUGGAAGCAGAUACAGUUAUUUUCACACCUCACAGAUAAGGAGAUGGAGGUGCAGAGAAUUACGUUUAGCCCAGGGUCACACGGAAGCCAGGACUGAGUCAGCCUAUCUUCCCAGGAGCCCUUAACCAUCAUGUGAGCAGCUAGCGGGAAGGACUGCACACCCCGAGGUCACCUCCAAACACCCCCUUGAUGAGGGGUCCCUUCUAGUGGUGGAUGAAUAAGGACACUGGCAAAUUGUGAUUAGAUCCCUUUAAUUAUUACCUGGACAAAGAAGACUCCAGCUAACCCAUCAAAUGGACGAGUGAAGAAAGCUAAGCCCUGGCCAGUGUGAAUGGAAUUUCACAGCAUUUGCCUGACAGCUGCGAGGCCCUGUGGAUCUCCUGCCACCUGCUCCUUCCUCGGAUUGGGGAACUGAGGCCCAGCCUUUCCUUUUGCCUCAGAUUCAUUACUGACUCCAGAAUGAGGCUUUAACCAUGAUUAUUCUUCCCUAAGGUAUUAACUUGAUAGGCUCUUGGACUCUGUGGCUCACCAGCCAGAGACAGCACCAUGGGCAGUGGGAACUCAAUGGCAAAUAGCAAAUGUAUCUUCUUGGACAGAAUCGAAGUGGAGAACAGCCUGUGCCAGGCACGGGCGGGCAGGCAGGCUUCCACUCAGUCUGGGCUGAGGGGCAGUGCUUCUUCUGUAGGGUGGAGGGUUGAGCGGUGUGGUAGGUGGGAGGAGAGCGCCUGCGGAGCUGGGAGUGCAGGGUAUGCCGGAGCAGGGGGACUCCUGAGCUGGCCUGGCACCUUGGGUGCUUCGCACUUUGGGGAUGUGAGUGGGCACGAGAUUCGGGCUGUGGUGGGGGACGGGCCAGGGAGCAGGCAGCUGGAGGAGGGCCUAGAGCUUGCUGAGGGGUUUGGAUUUUGUCCUGAAGGUGCUGGUGAGUCCAUGAAGGAGUCGCAUUUAUUAUUUUCUAUGUUUUUGAGUUACAAAUCAACCAGUGGGCAUAGAAGUAAACAAUCAGGCUGGGCGCAGUGGCUCAAGCCUGUAAUCCCAGCACUUUGGGAGG